AUGGAUCAUCUACCAAAGACCUUCAAGAGUGCAUGGAUUGAAAAGAAGGGCGAUCCCAUCAAGAUCAUUGACAGGGAAAUGCCCAAAUCUCUGGCUCCUCAUGAAGUCUUGAUCAAGGUCGAAGCCUGUGGAAUCUGUGCAAGUGACCAUAUGCUGGUUGACGGAGUCUUUCCUUUUGUGAAGCUGCCUGGCUGCCCUGGCCAUGAAGUCAUUGGAAAAGUCGCAGCUACCGGGUCAGAAGCUAAUGAGUACUUGAAAGUCGGAACUCGUGUUGGAGCUGGGUGGACUGGUAGUUGCUGCUACCAAUGUGACCCUUGUCGUGCAGGACACUUUGUCUUGUGUGAAAAGGGCAGCAUCAACGGAAUCACCCGCGAUGGUGGAUGGGCCGAGUACAUGGUCGCCACAGACAAUGCCUUAGCUCUUGUACCUGAAGGUCUCGACAGCGCUGAAGCUGCUCCACUCAUGUGUGCUGGUGUGACCACUUUCAACUCUAUGCGAAAUGUCACCACCUGUCGUCCUGGUGAUCUCGUUGCCAUUCAAGGAAUUGGUGGGCUCGGUCAUCUUGCUGUUCAAUUCGCUCGAGCAAUGGGAUUCCGUGUCGCAGCUAUCUCUACCUCACCAUCAAAAAAGGAUCUUGCAUUGAAGUUGGGUGCUCACCACUACAUUGAUGCUUCAGCUGAAAAGCCAGAAGUAGCUCUUCAAAAACUUGGAGGUGCAAAGAUGAUUGUCGCUACUGCACCACAUGCAUCGGCCAUUGAACCUCUUCUCUCUGCUUUGGCUUAUGACGGUACUCUGUUAGUCUUGGGAGCAUCGGAUCCUUUGAAGAUGGAUGUCGUACCCAUGCUCAUGAAACGUCUCACAUUACGAGGAUGGCCAUCUGGAACAGGCUUUGACAGUCAACAAACCUUGGAAUUCAGUGCUCUGACUGGCAUCAAGUCGACUGUUGAACGAUACAAACUCGAAGAUGUUGUCACUGGAUAUCAACGUACCAUGACCAACAAGGCUGUCUUCCGAAGUGUCAUUGUCUUUGAUUCUUAA